AUGGACCAAAUCGUUUAUGCACUUGAGGCGCGAACAUGUGUGACAAUCGCGACAAUUUAUUCUGUUGAAGUGUUGCCUAAAUGGUAUUAUAUUGCCUGUAAAGUUUGCAAUAAGAAGGUGCAGCCGUAUCCACCAGAAUCUCAAACUGGAAAAGAUUUACUUUAUAGUUGUGGAGUUUGUGAUGCUGAUGUUACGGAUGUUGAUUACAAGUAUAAACUCAUUCUUCAUGUUGGGUACGGAAGUUCUCAAAAGAUUAAGCUACUCUUCUUUGACGGUCUUGCCCAACUAUUUAUUGGAAAAAAAACAGAAGAACUGGCUUUGGAAAAACCUAAAGAUGAUAUUGCAGCUAUUCCUGGAACUCUCUCUGUCUUAGUAGGGAAGACUAUGCUGUUUAAAAUUUUGAUUACAAUCAAUAAUUUAAAAAGCGACAAGUCUGCUUAUGUUGUCGAAAAGUUUUGGGAAAAGGAUGACAUGGUUGUGCAAUUUGGCAAGAAGGCAGCUCCGCCUACUAGCAAUAAUGCAAGCAGUUCAGAUUCAGCAGAUAAAAAUUCUGAUGAAGUGUCUCCACAAAGCAGUGUUCAAACGAUUUACGUUGAAGGAUUCGGCUCUUCACUUCCAGAGAAUGAUAUCAAGACCGCAUUAAGUAAACAUUUCAGUGCCUGUGGGGAGAUCACAAGGGUUUUUGUUCCAACAAACUUUGAAACCGGUUUUUUCAAAGGAUUUGCUUACAUUGAUUUAAAAGGAGAAGCAACGAAGGCGUUGGAACUUAAUGGUAGUCAUAUGAUUGGAAAGGAACUUGUAGUUAAGAAGGCUCUACUUAUAAGAGAUUCCUACACUGGACAUUCUGGUAGUGAUCGAGGUUCAGGCGGUCAUUUUGGCAAUGUUGGCGGCCGAUUUGGCGGUCGUUUUGGAAAUGUUGGCGGCCGAUUUGGCGGUGGUCGAUGUGGAGGUUAUGGUAAGUGUGGCCGUUGUUGA